AUGAGUUCAAACCUUGACCUGGUCGCUAAAGGCAUGGAUAUCACGGCUAGAGGCAUUGAUCUCAUAACAGUUCUCACUCAGGUUUCCAACCGUGCUGAAGGUUACUCUUUGAUCCUCAAGGAAGUUGGGUACUGGCUUGGGAAAGAAGGGCUUGAUGAGAUGGAGCUCACGAAAUUUCUCAAGUCGACGAGAGCACUUGUUCGCCCCAAUGAACAAAGAGAAGUUGGCGGUUUCUUUGAUGCAGUCAGCGAUCGAAGACCGAGGCCAUCAGUCGUACCACUAUGGGCACAGCCCUCAGGUGCUCUUGGGCGACUUAUUGCUGGAGAUCCUUUCCAACGAUGGCUCACCUCGACUAUUUGUUGUCUUUUCCGCUACCAUGAUGAGCGAUUCAUCAAAAUGACAGUAUCGUCACUCAUCAUCCUCGCCUCGCGACCUGGACAAAAGCUGCUGACCGAGUAUGAACUGGCCUACCAUCCCGAAAUGCUCCAGCUUGAAGAGAUAGUCUCAAAGGUAAUCGAUAGCAACUGGCUUCAUAUCGCCAACUCGGGAAUCAUUGGAUCUGAUACAGAAUGCCCGCGUCUGCCCACAGAGCUGAAGUGGGCCUGCAAACGUGGGCAUAAUAUCGCAAGCUACAAGCUGGCAGUUGUUCUAAGUAAACUCUGCAACCCACCAAGAGAAAUAAUUCUCCACAGUGAACUCCUACUCACAAAUCUUACGCUGUGGCUCACCUGGCAUUUUAGCGGUCGGCUGCGUGUUGUGGUUAGUGGCAGCGUUAUUUAUGACAGAACACUCGGCCAGGCAGACAGCACUGUGGAACUUCGUGUCAAGAGAUUCUGUUCCAUGGACGAGGCUGGGCAAGGGUGUUGUCCAAUCGAACACAGCCAAGCCAAUAGUUUCGAAGUGAUGGAGAACGUAGCGGGCGAUCUAAGAUCACUCUUUACAGGCGAAUACGACAAUAUUCAGACACUGGGGUCGGAGCCUCGGGUCAGAACAAAACUGUAUGAGAGCCCAUUUAGAUAUCCACAAGGAUGUCGAAAAAGAAUGGAAAUCCAGUCACUUCGAACCGGUCAGGAGUUACUAAGAUGGUUUUGCUCGCUGCCCAUCAAGAAAGAAUCCAUGGGUUCAAGACUUAGCUUCAAGGUCUUACUAGCACCGGAUGAUGCCGGAGACAGGCCGAUCGAGCGAGUGGCAGAUUUGCUGGGAAGAACACCACAACUACUUGUCAACACGUGUGGCGAGCUUGGGAGAAACUUUGUGGUAUUCUCUCCCCCCGGGGAGUCAGCAUCCCCAGAAAGAGAAGCCUUCUCUGAUAUCAUGGAUAUGGACAACGCCUCAGAGUUAUCGAGGGGACAAAUUGACAAUACAGUCUUUGAAGAGAAGCCCUUGAUCUUGCUUCGAUAUUUUCCCAUUCUACAAGAUCUAAUCGAUCAAGCGAAACUAUCAUGCAAGUGCGGCAACUGCGCGAAAGAUGAUCCGGCAUUUAUCUGGGACGAGCACUGCCUCAGAUACACUGCUUUUAUGGAGACCAUGCUGUAUUUCGCCCAUGGGGUAGCCGACGCCUUCGGAGCGCCAGAUAUCUCGGGAUGCAGCGCAGCCACAGCAGGCGACUCUGGCGCAAUGGAAAUUCUUCUUGACGCUAUCGAUGACUGUGUCUUUGACCCAAGCAACCUCGAGGGUAACUUGCAGUGGCACACUGUUCUUUCUACAGUUUGCCAGAACUUUCUUGGCUGUCCGCCUCUGGACAAGUUGACCGACGCAACCUACAAUGAUUCCCCCAUUGAUAUUCCCCAUCCUUUCAUGCAACACCUGGGGACUACCAUAAUCGCUGUACAGCAUGGCGAUAUUGCUGUCGUCGCACCAUGGAUUGACCUCACAGAAAGGCUCAACUUGCGCAGAUGCUUUCGAUUGGAAGUCGUCCAGGGCCGCCUCGGAAUCCCUAUCCAAACAACCGAAAAUGUGCGAUUUCAGGCAAUCGCACGAGAUACCUCAGUUAUUGAAACGCAACAUACCGAAGAUGUCAGUGACUAUGAAAAUCUAUUCAAGAUGCCUGUACGGGAUGGAGGUUCAGAGAUCCAGCUUACAGCAGACAAGUGCAGCGUACGCCAUGAUUUCAUGCUCAUGUCUGUAGCAAGUACAAGAUACAAGCUCUUGAUGAGAGUAUCUUCUGAAUCCCACUCUCGCAUGAUUGAUCCGAGCCGGGCAAUCCUCAAACUAGCUCGUGGUAUACACCACCUGAGAUGUAACCACUCCCCUAACAGAGCCGGCACAAUACCUCGUGGUCUUUCUGUUGAGCUCUAUCGAUUUGAUGAGGCCCUGGGAAGAUGGGGUGUACCGGUACCGAAGUUGGCUGAGGGAGCUGUGCCAUCCGAGAGCACGAGGACGACUAGGUCCAAGGCAAAGAAGAUUUCCAGCAAAAUGGCGAAGCCCAUCCGCGUUACUCACGUGCUGGACUCAUCUAUCAAGUUCAACAUUACUCUUGCACUUAGUGGCGACAAUCCCACAUUUCUAUGCAGUGGUAGCAUCUGUUUGAACUGUGCGCUAAAGCAGACGGCAGAACUACCAGUGGAUGAAUGGGAAAAGGCCUAUGGGAGAAUUCUUAUCAACUGUUUCGAAUCUAAACCAGAGAAAGGAUUUAUAAACCGACUUUUAGGACAUAGCAAACGCUAA